UGCAUAAGAAAGUAAUAUGAUGUGAAUAAUUUUGACGUGUCUCAAAAUAAAUUUAAAAAAAGCGUCGAAAUAGUGACAAUCAAUGACUGGCGGUAAAAGAAGAUAAUGAGUUGCAAUAAUCCGCCACGUGUAUAAAAUAUUAUUUAAAUUAUUAACUAAAUCAUUUUGUAAAUUUUUACGCUCCGUCAUUUUUGAAUUUAAAUUCAUCCUCGAUUAACCUAAAAUGGCUCCACCAGUUAAAAGUACAAAAACCGCAACAAAAGGAGCGAAGCAAAUAGCUGAAGAAAAUGUGUCGACUCUCAAUUUUUACAGAAAUAUGGCAUUUGGGGCCACGGUAUUUUAUUUGACAAUCAUGAUGGUCUUCUUUCAAUUUACAACAAUGUCUAUAACUUUAACAAUAUUUUCUGGACUGAUUUAUGUAGCAAGUUAUCAAUUCAUGUCUUUCAUGGCGAAGCCAAAGUACAGUCAAAAUCAAUUAACCGAUCCUGGAUCGGAUCUCAACCUUAAAGGAGGAGUAGCUGAACACGUAAUUGACUUAAUAAUCUUAACUGCCGGAUGUCAAAUACUGUCACUUAUUUCCGACUACUUUUGGUUACUCUGGCUAUUGGCGCCAAUACGAGCAUUUUAUCUAGCUUGGACGCUUAUCUUAGCGCCUUGGUUCUUCGCAGCACCUCAAGAGCAAGAAGUUGAUGAGAAAAAACAGAGGAAAAUGGAAAGAAAAAUGGCCAGGCGUCAUUAAGUUAAAUGGAUGAUUGUACUUUUUCCCAAAUUUUGUAUGGAAGAUAUAAUUCAUGUUGUAAUGAGUUAUGGUACUGAGAUUAAUAUAAUUGAAUUAGUGAAUU